AUGCCUACACCUAACACCAUGGUUGAUUCAAACUCUUCUUCCAACGCAAUCAAACUGGAGGGAGGGGUUCUGGAUGGUUCAAGCCCGGUCGUGUAUAACCCCAAUAACCCUAUCUCAUUAUUCAUCGUUCAGGCUGGAAUUAUAAUAAUAUCAUGUCACCUACUUCACCUCCCUUUGAGCAAACUCCGCCAACCUAGAGUCAUCUCGGAGGUUAUUGGUGGAAUAAUUUUGGGUCCAUCCGUUCUGAUGCGUAUUCCUGGGUUUGAAGCGACAAUAUUUCCCGCGGAAUCGAUUCCAAAUUUAAAUUUAGUCGCCAACAUCGGCCUAAUACUCUUCUUAUUUCUUGUAGGCCUCGAAGUCGAGAUGCGUAUGUUUCUCACAAAUUGGCGCCUAGCUUUGAGUGUCGGAGUUGCUAGUAUGGUGCUUCCAUUUGGGCUUGGCUGCGCUAUUUCGUGGGGACUUUUCCAGGAAUUUGAUACGGAGUUCAAAGCAGUAAAAAUUGGAGUUUUUAUGCUUUUUGUUGGCACCGCUUUCAGUAUCACGGCCUUUCCAGUCUUAUGCCGAAUAUUGACUGAGUUAAAGCUAAUAUCUUCUCCUGUUGGCAUUACUGUCCUCGCUGCUGGUGUUGCAAAUGAUGUAACUGGCUGGAUUCUUCUAGCACUUUGUAUUGCACUGAUUAACAACGGGUCCGGAAUGUCGGCACUAUAUGUUUUACUAUGCUGUAUAGGCUGGCUUCUUUUCUUGGUCUUUGCCAUCCGUCCAGUCUUCAUAUGGCUACUUCGACGUUCAGGGGCUUUUCAAAAUGGGCCUAAUCAAAGUAUGAUCAUGAUAACCUUGCUUCUAGUAUUUUUAUCAUCAUGGUUUACGGGGAUUAUCGGAGUUCACGCUAUAUUUGGUGCUUUUCUUGUUGGUCUUAUCUGCCCGCGUGAGGGUGGAUUCGCAGUGAAAGUCACAGAAAAAAUUGAAGAUCUUGUUUCGGUAAUAUUCCUGCCAUUAUAUUUUGCUCUUUCUGGACUUAGCACGAACUUAGCACUCUUAAAUAAUGGGAUUACUUGGGCAUAUGUGAUAGGUGUUAUAGUCGUCGCUUUCUUCGGUAAAAUAAUCGGCAGUACGCUUGCUGCCCGAGCAUUCAAGAUGCGAUGGCGAGAAAGUUUAACUGUUGGUGUGUUGAUGAGCUGUAAAGGUUUGGUCGAGAUAAUUGUUUUGAAUAUUGGACUACAAGCAAAUAUCCUCUCUACUAAAAUAUUCACUAUCUUUGUCCUUAUGGCCCUGGUAACUACCGUCACCACAACACCCUUAGCCAUGAGUCUUUAUCCACCACACUACCAACGAAGGCUAAAAGAUUUGAAGUUCAAGAAUUCUUCCGAAUGUGAAAGAAAUCCAUCUCGAGAUGAAAGUAUAGGUAGCCAAGAGAACUUAAUGACGAAACAAAUCGUACCUGCCCAAAAAUUGCUUGUUUACCUGAGGCAAGGUAUUCUUCCAGGUUUGUUUACGUUUAUUGCACUACUCGGUGGCGAUAAGCCAACAUCAUCUGUUAAAAAAAUACAGAUCGGUUUGGAGUCUUUGGAGGACUCUGAACCUAAAAUUGUGCCAGUUCUUUCAGAAUAUGCUAUGUUGAAGAAGCCACUUGAAUUACAUGGUCUCCACUUGCUUGAGCUGACUGAUCGAACAUCAUCUGUAAUGCAAGGGUCCAUGGUCGGCGAGAGAAAUUAUCGAGAUCCUGUCCUUGACGCUUUUCUAACGUUUGCACGACUUCAUAAUUUCGCUGCGUCAGGAACAGUAUCGCUAGUUUCAGAAACUGAAUACUCUGAAACACUGAUAAGAGAGGCGGAGAAUCGACUCGCGGAUCUUAUAUUAAUACCAUGGUGUGAAGCUUCAACAUUAACAGAUACGGAUGCUGUUCACGAGGGCUUAUCGUGUAUUUCUCAAGAUGCAUUUGUUCGCAAGACGCUAGAAGUUGCCCCAAAAAACAUAGCAAUCUUCAUCAACCAAGGACUCCAAAGCCAGAAUUUGAAUAGCGUGCCACUUUUAGCACCAAUUGUCGAUUGGUCUCAUCACGUAGUUCUACCAUUUUUCGGUGGGCGUGAUGACCAAUACGCGUUUCGAUUUAUUUUACAACUUGCUCAAUGCAAUUGUAAUACGAAAGUGUCUAUUAUAUAUCUAAAAGUACAACCAUCACAACACCACAAUAACGCACCUAGUGAAAUUUCUCACGAGAUAUCGAAUAUGGAAGUAAACUCGACACAAAAACCUAAAACUGAUGCAAUAAGUAACGAGGCAAGCGUAACUGAUGAUACUGUCUUUCUUAAAAAGCACCGAGAAAUGCUACCUAAGGCACUCUCUGAACGUGUCGAGUUUUUCGAAGUUAAGACCACUUCACCACUUUCCGACUGUAUCUCGCACGUUAAACUGAAAGUAGGGAAUCACCAGAAUGCGGGAGAUAUAGUAAUCUGUGGAAGGAAGAGUUUACAGCUGCGAUUUAAAGAGGAUUUUGAUUUUCCUAAUUCAACUUAUAAUCCAGAGCUCAGAAAGACUCUCGGGAUUGUUGCCGAAUCAUUAAUUUCGAUAUCUAUUCCAGCGAGUUUGCUCGUCUUCCAAUCUAGUAAGGAAGUUCUUGAUUCUAAACCGACAUGA